AUGAAGACAUCUUUAAUUACCAGCGCCCUCCUCCUUCUCUCACCCAUUGUAUCAUCGCUCGCGAUCCCGCAAACGGAUCUAGUCUCUCUCGAAGAGCGAGAGGCACUCGCAGCGACAGUAAUCCUCGAUGCUGUCGAUUUAGAAAAACGACGUGGUGGCGGAGGCGGCAAGAGUGGUAGUUCAAGUGGCAGUUCGAGUGGAAGUUCGAGUGGCUCUAGUUCCGGCAGCUCAGGCAGUUCAUCUGGCAGCUCUGGAUCUAGUGGUUCCAGCUCAAGUGGUUCAAAAGGCUCUUCGGGCAGUACCUCGUCAUCGAGUAACACCGGAGGCGCAACAAAGGCAGGAUCAGGAACUUCCAGAUCCUAUGGAGGUGGAAGCUAUUAUGCCGGUGGCGCAACAACUCCCUAUGCUGCCGGUAGUCGGUCCUCGUCCGGCAUCGCCCCGUACAUCCUGGCGGGAGGUGCUCUCGGCUUCGCAGCAGGAGCUGCAUGGCAUUAUCCGUAUGGCUAUUAUGGAUAUCCUUACGGAGCGCCGUACUACUACCACACCCCGGUCAACCACGACGCCCAGAACAACACGGCCAAUUAUACCAUGAACGUGAUUUGCUAUUGCGAGCAAUAUAGCGAGUGUGGAUGUGACGACAACAAUAAUUCGACCUUUAUGAACGAGCUCAUCGGAGACCCUCCCAAAAACUCAAGCGCUGUGACCAUUAUCCAGAACGGAACGCAUGAGACGGCGUACGUUAAUGGCACACUUGCAAACGGUACUACCUCGGCGGACUCUUCAAUUUCGGGCGCAUCGAUAUUGACUUUGCCCUGGAAGUGCACAUGGCCUGUUGUUGUGAUUGUGACUGGUAUGAUGUAUGCUUUGUAA